AUGUGUACUGAUCCAAAGAGCGUAUUGGGUCGCUACCGCCAGCUGGCCCCGUCUGCCUCAGUUCGAGUUUCGCCAUUAUGCUUGGGCACAAUGACAUUUGGCGGUAAGCACCCCGAAAGAUACGGCGAAUGCAGCAAAGAAGAGGCCUUCGCAAUGAUGGACUUCUUCUACGACAACGGUGGCAACUUCUUCGACACAGCAAAUGCCUACCAAGACGGCCAGUCCGAGGUCUGGCUAGGCGAAUGGAUCGCCUCCCGCAAGAACCGCGACGAGCUCGUGAUAGCCACUAAGUAUACCUCCGGGUAUAUGCUGCACCACAAAGACAAGAUCCAGGCUAACUUCGUCGGCACCGGAACAAAAUCCAUGAACCACUCUGUGGACGAGUCCCUGCGCAAGCUUCAGACCACUUACAUCGAUCUGUUCUACGUGCACUGGUGGGACUACACAACUUCGAUCCCGGAAUUGAUGCAGAGCCUCAAUCACCUGGUCGUGUCAGGAAAGGUGCACUACCUCGGUAUUUCGGAUACACCUGCUUGGGUAGUGACCAAAGCAAACGCGUACGCCCGCCAGCAUGGGCUGCGACAAUUUUCGGUGUAUCAAGGGAAGUGGAAUGCCGCGAGGCGAGACCAUGAACGAGACAUCAUUCCCAUGUGCGCCGACGAAGGGAUGGGGCUGGCCCCGUACGCGACACUAAAUGCGGGCAAUUUCCAGACGGCCGAAGGCUACGAGGCCCGCGAGAAGUCGAAUAAUGGCCGCAAAUUCAUUCCCGUGUGCGCGCGGGAUAAGCAAGUUGCCGCUAUCCUGGAGAAAAUCGCCAACAGGAAGGGUGGAGGUGUGACACUAUUGAAUAUCGCGUUGGCGUAUAUCUUGCAUAAAGCUCCUUAUGUAUUUCCCAUUAUUGGUGGCCGGACUGUCGACCAUCUGAAAGGCAGCAUUCCCGGUCUGGCAGUCUCGCUAUCGAACGAAGAGAUUGAGGAGAUUGAGACCGGGUAUGAAUUUGAUCAUGGAUUCCCUCAUAGCUUUUUAAGUGGCACUCUGUUCGACCUUUCCCACCCGAGAGGGGCUGCAGGCCCUGAGGAUGUGUGGUUGACCAAGCCAUGUGGUCCAUUUGACUGGGUCGAGCGUCCGAAGCCGAUCAAAACUAGCCGGUCAUCAUAG